UAAACAUUCGGGUGACGUCGUACGUCAUCCGACUCGUACCCCUGGUCGUAUAUUCGAACCUGCCAUUCAUUGACUACCUAGUAGCUAACUGAAAUGUCUUUGCUACUUUACAAAUAAUUUAGAGUUAAAUCUAUGAAGAUUAGGAUGAAUGCGAUACAUCCAUACACUUAGGAAUGUGAUAGUAUUUAAAAUGUUCCUUGACAGAUAGCCCAAUGCUCGGAACAAAAAACUACUAGCCUAUUCCUAGCAAGGUAUUGAACUCUGGACAUCGAAUGAAGAUUAGACAACAGUGAUAAGACCCACUAAUAAGGCUUAGGUAAUCGGAGAGUAAACGAACUGCAAUUAUUAAGAGUGGUAUGCCGAUCUAAGAUAAAGCACAAUGAAAUACUGUAGCACCAGAGGACAGGAGAAGAAUCUUACCUUUGAAGAAGUUCUUUUUUCUGGGUAUGCCAAAGAUGGUGGACUUUACAUGCCAGAAUUUUUUCCUAGCAUAAGGAAUGAAGAAUUGGAGCGGUGGUCUAAGUAUUCAUACCCAGAGCUAGUUUUUGCUCUUGCUCGGAAAUUCAUUGACGAGGAGGAAAUUUCAUGUGCAGUUUUAAACGAUAUCAUCAUCAGUUCCCUAAAACGGUUUCGGAUUCCCGAAGUGGUUCGAAUAGAAAAGCUGAAAGGAGGAAUCAAUAUCAUAGAACUCUUCCAUGGCACCACGCUUGCUUUCAAAGAUUUAGCUCUCUCUGUUGUUGGUGGAUUAAUUGAUCACUACUUAAGCCAAAGGAACAAACACAUAAUUAUUCUUAUUGGCACUUCAGGUGAUACUGGAAGUGCAGCUAUUGAAGGAGUAAGAGGUCGGAAAGGAAUAGACAUAGUUGUUUUAUUGCCUGAUGGGCGCUGUAGUAUGAUCCAGGAACUACAAAUGACGACUGUCACAGAAGAUAAUGUGCACGUUUAUAAAGUGGAAGGAACUUCAGAUGACUUAGAUGAGCCAAUCAAACAAUGCUUUGGAGACCAAAAACUAGUAUCCAAGCAUAAUCUGAUCUCCAUAAAUUCAAUUAAUUGGGGACGCAUCAUGGUUCAAGUGGCGCAUUUCUUCUUCAGUUACUACCAGCUCUGUUCAAAUGUAGGGGCACCUGUAGAGAUUGUUGUCCCCACUGGAGCGGCGGGCAAUAUUACUGCUGGAUGCAUUGCAAAAAAGAUGGGAUUACCAAUCACCUUGGUAGCUACAGUGAACAAAAAUGAUAUUAUUUCAAGAGCAAUUGAUAAAGGAGACUUCUCUCUGAAUAGUUCAGUGACCCAAACCCUGGCUUCUGCCAUGGAUAUUCAGAAUCCAUACAAUGUGGAAAGGCUAAUUUACCUUUGCUGUGAUGGAGAUGUGGAAAGGACAAGACAAAUUAUGGAUGAAUUUGAAAGUAAGGAUAAGGUUUCUAUCCCUGAUGACAUUCUGCAUACAUUACAGGAACUUAUUGCUGAUUCUAUGGUUGUUAGUGACACAGCAAUAACCACAACGAUGAAGACAGUGUAUGCAGAGAACAAGUAUGUCUUAUGUCCACAUACAGCAACAGCAGUAUACUAUCACCACCAAAGAAAUUCAGAUGCAAUAAGGGGUUUCAUUGCAACAGCAUCCCCAGCAAAAUUCCCAGAGGCAGUAGCAAAGGCUGAUAUUUCUCCGAUUACGGAUGGAGUGGAGCACUUGCAAGAUCUUCCAACAAAAUUCCUUUGGAUGAGGAAAGGUGAAGACUGGCACUCUAUACUCUGUGCUAAAAUAGAAAAUAUAACCAAAAACAAAGAUAGAAAGGUAUGAUUAUGCUGGUAUUGAUUUGAGAUUGUUUAAAUGAAGCACUGUAUCAUUCUUGUGUACAAACAUCUGUGCAUAAUAAAUACUGUACAUUUAUCCAUACAUAUACAGUAUAGAAAAUGUUAUCGUUGUUCAUGAGUCAUGAUAUUUCAUAGCAAGAACAGUGUAGUACCCUAAAAAAGAGCAUUGUAUUGAGCUAAAUGUGUGAAUGUUUUUCAUGAAAAUUCUGAUAAUUGUAAAACACAUGAUUUAUUGUACUGAAUUUUUAAAGGUUAUUAAUCAAUUGAAAAUUAGUUUUUAUUAAAACUAAAGUUUAGGCUAUCAUAGGGAUAGCUCAGAGGUCAUUAUAUAUAUUUUGUAAAUUAAAUUAGGUGUUUUCUUAUGCCCUCAGAGUUCAAUAAGGCCUACAAUGAAAACUGUAGAAGAGUGACUUAUUGAUUAAAGGUUUUAUGGCAUUUAUUUGAAUUUUGAGUUACACUUUUACACUUUUUACUUCUGUCUUUUUGUACCUUUGAUAUAUUGGCUCUUCUUUCACUGGAAAAGAAGCUAAUGUAUUGUAUAUAUAUGUGAAUACUGUACUUAUCUACAUGGGUAUUAGUAUCUGUUCAGUGAACAGUAAAAACCUCCUAAGUAAAACAUGAGCCUUGGUCGGCAUUAAAUGCACAAUGCUUUUGGCUGUUUUGUUUCUGCUUGUGUUACUGUUUGAGGCAAUAAUAAAUAUAAAGACUAAUAAAUGUAGCACUGCUUUA